CCAAACUCUGGAGUCUCACAGCAUCGCACCAUCUUUAACAUUUCAUCGCCGAAUCUCCGGCGGUGUUCUCUCUCUCUCUUUAUCUCUCGCUCUCGCUCUCGCUCCCUCGCUCGCACACACAUACAUGGGGUACGAAAAUGGUUCAGAAAUCACUUUGACGGAGUUGAUCCGGAUUGACGGCGCCCUUACUAAGGCGAGCCUCGAUGUGGGCGUUGGCAAGCUCCGAUGGCUGAGCGGAGAGAAGCGGUUCCUGGAAGUAGAGUCGGAGGUGCUUGGAUUCGAGACUCAGGGAACUAGGAUUACGAUUAAGGCGUUUGUAGGGGAAACAAAAGGAUCAUCUUGUGGCAAGAGCAAUGGGAAGCGUGCGAGAAGGGAUUUUGUGCUGGAGAUGCCGACCGAGGAGUGCGCUGUGACUUGGAGUGAGAAGCUACGGAAUCUCAUCAAUUCAUUUGGUCGCCCUAGGAGGUUGUAUAUUCUAUUGAACCCAUACGGGGGAAAGAAAUGUGCCCGUAAAAUAUUCCACAAUGAAGUUAGACCCUUACUUGAAGCUUCUGAUAUCCUGUACACAUUGCAAGAAACAAACUACCAACUUCAUGCUCAAGAAAUUGCACACAAAUUGGAGCUUCUAAAGUAUGACGGGAUUGUAUGUGUAAGUGGAGACGGGGUCCUUGUUGAGGUAGUUAAUGGGUUGCUCCAAAGAGAUGAUUGGGAUACUGCAAUCAAAGUUCCUCUGGGCAUAAUUCCAGCAGGUACUGGUAAUGGCAUGGCAAAAUCACUUCUGGAUUCAGUUGGUGAUGUUUACUCAAUAUCUAAUACUGUAUUUGCAAUUAUAAGGGGGCACAAGCGCUCAUUGGAUGUUACAACAGUCUUGCAAGGGGAGGCAAAAUUUUUUAGUGUCUUGAUGCUUACUUGGGGUUUUGUGGCAGAUGUUGAUAUUGAAUCAGAGAAGUAUAGGUGGAUGGGCAGUGCUCGCCUGGACUUUUAUUGUUUUUUGCGUGUGAUGAGCUUGAGAAAAUACCAUGGGCAUGUUGAAUUUGUACCUGCUCCUGGAUAUCAAGUUUAUGGGGAACUUGUAAAACGAAGUGAAUCCUGCAAGGAUGGAAUCCUUGAACAAAUCUGUGGGAAUGAUGGUAGAUAUCUGCAAUGUGGUUAUGAAGGUCCUAAAAUUUCUUUGGAGGACGUUGAGUGGAGGUCAAUUGGUGGUCCUUUUAUUUUGGUUUGGCUCAAUAAUGUGCCUUGGCCCUGUGAAGAUAUGAUGCCUGCACCUGAAGCAAAGUUUUCAGAUGGUUACUUAGACGUGAUCAUAAUCAAGGAUUGUCCAAAGUCAGCAUUUAUGUCAAUUCUGUUGAAGAUGAAAGAUGGUAGCCAUGUGAAGUCUCCUUAUGUUAUGUAUCUCAAGGUGAAGGCGUUUCGGCUAGAACCUGGUCAGCGUGUAGGGAAUCCGGCAAGGGGAGGUAUAAUAGAUUCAGAUGGUGAGGUUAUUGCCAGGGGAGAAGGGACAUAUGAGUGCGAUCAACAAGAUGACUUGAUGGCCUAUGGCCCUCCCAUUCAUAUGACAGUGGACAAGGGUUUGGCCACCAUAUAUUCUCCUAGAUGAUCUCUGGCUGUAUACUCUGUACCCAGAUUUAUCAAGUACAUACUACCGUGUUUUCAUCAUGCAUUGCAAUGCGGGAUGGAAGGGUCUAUUUGCAAACGCACUUCCAUCCGAGCAGUGCCGUUGAAGACCGGCUUAUGAGUUAUUAGUCUCAGCUCAGUAAUAACAUGUAAAGGUCGUAUGUUGAAGUCUUGCAGGUCACCACUUGGGUUUUCUUUUUCUCUUCGCCUUUCCAUUAGAAGUUGUAGUUCUUUUUAUCCUAAAGCAGGAAAUUGACUUAAUCACCUGGAUCUUUCACUA